AUGACAUUUUUACGAUGUUACUUUACAGUAACACGACUUAAAGAACUUUUUCAAAAUUGGGAUAAACUCGACGAUGAUGAAAAACAAUUUAUCGACACGCAAAUAGAAAAAUGGAGUUCCCCGGGACAAAUACAACUCUACAAAACUGUUAAAAAAGCUCUUAACAAGUGGGGAAAAGUUCAAGAUACGGAAGGAGCUCCGGGAUGCGAACCUGGUUGGUUUACAUUUUCUUGCGAUUCACAAUUAGAAGAAGAAUUGAUAAACGUUUUACAAACGAUAGAAAAUCUUUUAUGUAAAACUAAAGUAAUAAAAUCAAACUUUUACAAUUUACCAAGCACUGCUGAAGAAUUACAAGCAUUGAAAAAUUUACCGGAAGUUCCUCCAUCGAGUCCCGGAUCCGAAUCCGAUGAUUUCCUUUAUUUAAAUUCACCUGAAAAACAAAGAUCUGAACCUUUGAAAACAUGCGGUCGAAGUGUGUCUGUACAUUCUGGUCGUGCUUUAUACAAUUAUUGCCACAGUGUUAAAUCAGCACCAUUAAUUAAAGAUGGCUACAAUACAGAUUGA